AUUACUAAUAAAGUUGCUUCGUUAAAAAAAAAAAAAAAAUCAACCACCGCCUUGGUUGGCAAACAUACCUCUGGCUGUCUGGGGCUCGGUCUCCGCCCAUUGGCUCGCAGUGCAUGCUGGGAAGCGCUGGACUCCAUCAAUAUGGCGGAUGCUGUAGAGCCGGAGAAGAAAAGAAGGAAGAUAGAAGAGCUGACUGACAAAAUGGCUGUGGAUGGUGGGUGUGGGGACACUGGAGACUGGGAAGGUCGCUGGAACCAUGUAAAGAAGUUCCUCGAGCGAUCAGGACCAUUCACACACCCUGAGUUCGAACCAAGCAACGAAUCUCUGCAAUUUCUUUUAGAAACCUGUAAAAUUCUCGUGGUUGGAGCAGGAGGUUUAGGAUGCGAACUCCUAAAGGACCUGGCACUCUCUGGUUUUCGACAAAUCCAUGUUAUAGAUAUGGAUACCAUAGAUGUUUCCAACUUAAAUAGACAGUUUCUUUUUCGGCCAAAAGAUGUAGGAAGACCGAAAGCUGAAGUUGCAGCAGAGUUUAUAAAUGACAGGAUACCUGAUUGUUGUGUCACACCAUACUUCAAAAAGAUUCAAGACUUUGACGAAUCCUUCUACCGAGACUUUCAUAUUAUUGUGUGCGGAUUGGAUUCCAUUAUUGCCAGACGAUGGUUGAAUGGGAUGCUGGUGUCUCUUUUAAACUAUGAAGACGGCGUGUUACAGCAAAGCUCCGUUAUUCCUCUAAUAGAUGGCGGGACGGAGGGCUUUAAAGGCAAUGCUCGUGUCAUUUUACCAGGAAUGUCGGCUUGUGUGGAAUGCACACUUGAAUUAUACCCACCACAGAUAAACUUUCCCUUGUGCACAAUUGCAACAAUGCCCCGGUUGCCAGAGCACUGUAUAGAGUAUGUUCGGAUAUUACAGUGGCCAAAAGAACAGCCAUUUGGAGAAGGAGUGCAGUUGGAUGGAGAUGACCCUGAACAUAUUCAGUGGAUUUUUAAGAAUUCACUUGAACGAGCAGCACAAUUUAACAUACGAGGAGUCACGUACAGACUUACACAAGGGGUAGUAAAGAGAAUUAUCCCUGCGGUAGCAUCGACCAAUGCAGUCAUUGCAGCUGCCUGCGCCACUGAAGUAUUUAAAAUAGCCACAAGUGCUUAUAUCCCUCUGAACAAUUAUCUUGUAUUUAAUGAUGUUGACGGGUUAUACACAUAUACAUUUGAAGCAGAAAGAAAGGAUAAUUGUCCUGCUUGCAGUCAGCUUCCUCAGAACAUGGAGUUCCCAUCCUCAGCAAAACUACAGGAAGUUUUAGAUUACUUAAUAAAUGACAAUUCAUUACAGAUGAAAUCACCUGCUAUUACUGCAACGAUGGACGGGAAGAAUAAAACACUGUAUUUACAGACAGUAGCAUCCAUUGAAGAAAGGACCAGGCCCAAUCUGUGCAAAACCUUAAAAGAGCUUGGACUUGUAGAUGGUCAAGAGCUGGCAGUAGCAGAUGUUACGACUCCACAGACUGUGCUGUUCAAACUACAUUUUACCACCUAAAUGGUCGCAUUACAAGUCCUGCACUUCUUUUUAGUCGUAGUUUAUUUAAUAAAAUAAAAAAAAGGAUUUGUCUAGCUAUUCUCUAGAAUAAAUUAUAUAUGCAGAAGCAAUGUGAGGAGAUGGUAAAUAAAACUGAAUAAUAUGGACUGAAUUUCUAUGGUAAUUUAAGCAACCCUCAACUAUUUGGUUCUAUAGCUCAAGUUGCAUAGUCCAGUCCAUUGUAUUCUAGAACAUCUCUAUUUGAAGGAUUAGCUAACAAUACAAUAAUUUAAAAAUGCCUAGAGCAUUAAAUACACUUUUACAAACAUGCAAAAUGUACAGUCUCCGUUAUGAAUAGUCAAACUGUCAACUGCUGUAUUCUGUAUAAAGCUAUGUAUGUCUAUUUUAUGAAAUUUAUAUCUUAUGACAAACAAUACAAAAAAGGCAAUUGUGUCCAGCAAAACUGUAAACAGUGUAAUUAUACAUAAUAAAAUCCCGUGUAGCUUA